AUGGAUGUCAGUGUCGUGUCGGCUGUCCCAGCCUAUACCACCUUCGACUUCACCCCUGACUACCCGCUCAACACCUAUUGGGGACAAUCAGGUGUUGGUGAUACCCUUGGCCAGUACUGCACCUCAUCUGCCAUCGACUAUGUCACCAUUGCUUUCGUCAGCAACUCACCCGAGAACGGCAAUGGCACUGGCUAUCCCGGGACGAACUUUGCUGCUCACUGCGCUGCCGACGUAUAUGUGAAGGACGGUCAGAACUCGAAGCUUCUCAGCGGCUGUUCCUUCAUUAAGGAGGACAUCAAGACCUGCCAGAACUUGGGCAAGAAGAUCCUGCUGUCGAUUGGAGGAGAGUACUCCGAGAUAAACAACUACGCAGUCUCGACGGUCGAGAAUGGAAUCGAGUUUGCAGACUUCAUGAUGGAUGCUUUCGGGCCUUUUGUAGAGGGAUACGAGGGCCCCAGACCCUUCGACCAGAGCGAUGCGGACCACACCUGUCUCGACGGUUUCGACUUCGAUGUUGAGAAGAAGUUUGAUGACCAAGCCCCUUAUGUGGCAAUGGUGAACCAACUUCGCGAGCGGAUCGAGGCAUGCGACAAAGACAUCAUCCUGACCGCAGCUCCCCAAUGUCCCACGAGCGACGAGUACUUCCAAAUGAAGACCAUCCUCACGGAGGCCAAGUUCGACAAGAUCUGGAUUCAAUUUUACAACAACCCGAUCUGCGACGCAGUCAAUGGCGGAUUCAACUACGAUGAUUGGGAGGACUUCAUCGUGGGCACUGCCAACGAGGACACGGAACUCUUCAUCGGUCUCCCUGCCAGCACCGACGCCGCACAGGGUGGUAGCGGCUACAUCGGCGCAGACGAUGCCAAGGAGCUAAUCUGCGAGUACAAGACCAAGAAGCACUUUGGUGGUAUGAUGCUCUUCGAUGCCAAUUACGCGUACCAGAACGUUGUGGACGGCAAGAAUUACUACGAGGGAGUUUCUGAGGCCCUAAAGUGCGGUGGCUGCCUUGGGGAUAUCUGCCAGCCGACGCUCCCGACCUCGACCAGCUCUACCGUGUCUUCGACUAGCACUUCGAGCAUUGCCUCGACUUCGUCUUCUGCUCUCGCAUCCUCAACAUCUAGCUCGGCGUCUAGCGCGAUAACUUCGAGUAGCAUCUCGAGCUCGAGCGCAGGAGUUACAUUCUCAAGUAUCACCAGCUCCAGCGUUGGUUCCUCUUCGAGCUCGAUUGCCUCUUCCUCGAGCUCCGUUGUCUCCUCAAGCCAUGCGACAUCAAGCAUCGCUACGUCAAGUUACGCAACCUCAAGCACUGCUUCAUCUAGCCAUGCCGUUUCACGUACUGCUUCCUCUAGCUAUGCCACUUCUAGCAGCGCUACGUCCAGCCAUGCCAUCUCAAGCACUGCUUCAUCAAGCCAUGCCACAAGCUCCAGCAUCACUUCAUCAAGCCAUGCCACGAGCUCAAGCAUCGCUUCCUCAAGCCAUACCACGAGCUCUAGCAGCGUUACCUCCAGCCAUGCUACGAGCUCCAGCAUCGCUACGUCAAGCCAUGCUACUUCAAGCACUGCUUCCUCGAGUCAUGCCACAUCCAGCACCGCUUCCUCAAGUUAUGUCACCUCCAGCCAUACCACUUCAAGCACCGCUUUCUCGAGCCAUGUAACGUCAAGCAGUUCUAUAUCGAGGGGUACCAGCAGCCAUGCUACUUCAAGCACUGCUUCGUCUAGCCAUGCCACGAGCUCCAGCAGCGCUUCCUCAAGCCAUGCUACGUCCAGCGUCGCUUCCUCUGCCACAUCCAGCACCGCUUCCCCGAGCCAUGUAACGUCAAGCCAUACUACCUCAAGCAGCACUAGCAGCCAUGCUACGUCCAGCCCUGCAACAUCCAGCACCGCUACCUCGAGCCAUGCCAUCACCUCAAGCUCAAACAUUUCUACCUCUAGCCAUACCACCUCCAGCUAUGCGAGUUCAAGCCAUACCACAUCAAGCAUCGAUACCACGAGCAGAUCCUCAUCGCAUGUCACCAGCAGUAGCGCUAUUCCAUCAACCACUGGAAGCUCUAUUGCUUCAUCCAGCUCGUCAACAGCUUCAUCCCACAGCGAGACCUUGAGCUCGUUCAUUGUGUUGUCCAGUGCUAGCGCGUCGUCGUCCACCACCGCAUCGUCAGUCAGCUCUCAUAUCGCUAGCACGAGCAGCUACCCGACAAUCACGACCUCUUCUAGCACAUCGGGUUCUUCCUCAUCGUACCCUGCUGCGUCUGGCACAGUCACCAGAAGCUCUUCUGUCAGCGCUUCAGCUACGCAGUCGUCGCCCUUCAUCACCACCUCGUCAUCAGUGGGCUUAACUACCAGCACCAUCAUGACGACCAUCUCCUACACUGUCACCUCAUGUGCUCCCACAGUGACCAACUGCCCUGCCAGGGGCUCUGUGGUCACCGAGACCAUUGCCCUGUACACUACCGUUUGCCCCGUCACCGAGGCCCAGCAGCCGACCAGUGUCCCCAUGACCACCAGCACUAUCUACUCCACUCAGAUCAGCACCGUCACCAAAUGCCCUCCCUCCGUCACAAACUGCCCGGUCGGCUCCAUGACAACUAAGACGAUUGCGGUCAGCACCACUGUCUGCCCCGUCACCGAGACCGAGAAGCCAACCAGCGUUCCCAUGACCACAAGCACUAUCUACAGUACCAAGACCGCCACCAUCACGAAGUGCCCAGCCUCGGUCACCAACUGCCCUGUCGACUCUGUCACCACCGAGAUCAUCGCUAUUAGUACAACGGUAUGCCCCAUCACCGAGACCGAGACCGCCACUUCCAUGACCAAGCCGGUGAUCCCAACCGGCUACCCUGCCGCCGGCUCCGAAACAGCGACCACCGAGAUCGCGGCCACAGCAGCGCCCAGCUACCCAGCAGGCGGUUCAGAAUCCAAAUCAUCGGAGACAACGGCCGUUGCAUUCCCCACGUACCCCGGCGGCAACGCCAAGGCCGAGGCCUCGAACACCGAGGCCGUAGCUGCGCCCACCUACCCGGCCGGCCAGCCCUCGGCCGCCUCCGAGUCGGCCAGUGCAACAGAACUCUGCAACGGCGCCGCCUGCCACACCACCACCGCUGUCGUCAUGGUGGCUGUCUACCCGACCGCAUUGGCCAGCAGCAACAACACCAUGAUGUCCUACGUCGGCACGGCUCUGCCGCCGUCCCCGACUAAGGGCAGUGCUAGUACCACCACCGCUUGCUCGGGAGCGGGCUGCGCUCCGGCGGCCACGAGCGCGGUCGUUACUGCCGGGUCGGCGCAGACGGCUGCUUUCAGCCUUGGUGGGCUGCUUUUGGCUGCCUUCCUGGUGCUGUAA